AUGGAACAACAGAGGGGGCUCCUGUUAUUAUUUCUGGGGGUACAGCUGCUGCUUAUGGGGGCAUUCUUCUACCAGAACCGCCACCGCCACAGCUUCACCUCCUUCUUGCGUGUCCUGAUACAGGACAGGCCAACGGUGGGAGAAGAGUUGCCCUUUCUGGUCUCGGUCUCUGCUGCGCAGACCUCUUCCCAGGACGUGUACACCAACCUCAGCCAGAUCCACCCUGUGGGCAUUAGUGAAGAGGACCUGCCUAGCUGCCCCCUCAUCUCACCUUACAUCUAUGGCCCCUUGAAGGUGAUGAUCCCAGAGAACCUGACAAUGGAGCAGGUGGUGGAAAAGAACCCGCUGGUGGAGCUGGGGGGCCAGUACCGGCCACCUGACUGCUGGACACGUCACCACACAGCAGUAGUGGUGCCCUACUAUGGGCAAGUCCAACAUCUCCAGCACCUGCUCUUCCAUCUGCACCCCUUCCUACAGCGCCAGCAACUGCACUAUGCCAUCUAUGUGGUGAACCAGGUACACACCACUGCUUUCAACCGGGGCAAGCUACGCAAUGUGGGGUUCUGGGAGGCCAUGCAGGAGGAGGAAUGGGACUGUGUCUUCUUCCAUGAUGUGAACCUCCUCCCAGAGGAUGACCGCAACCUUUACAUCUGUGACAUCUUCCCAGCCCAUGUGUCUGUGGCCAUUGACAAGUUCAACUACAAGCUACCCUACCACGGCUACCUUGGGGGCGUGUUUGCUCUGCGCCCCACUCACUACCUGAGGAUAAACGGCUUCCCCAACUCGUACUGGUACUGGGAUCAUGAGGACCAUGACAUCGCUGCUAGGCUGCAACUGAGCGGGAUGCUACUCUCACGACCCCAUCUGCUCUUUGGCCGCUACCACAUGCUAGAGGGGCAGGAUCCCAGCCACCAGCAAAGCCCUCAGAGCCCUGGCCUUCUGGCCUCAAUCCACCACAAAUGGCAGCAGGAUGGCAUGAACUCGCUGGGCUACAGGCGGCUCUCCAAGGAGCUGCAGCCCCUCUACACCAACCUCACCGUGGACAUCAACUUCCCAACUUCCCAGCCCUAG